CUGUCCUCAUCGGUUCCCAUAUACACGCCAGCAUGAGCAGCAAAGGAGUGAAACGUGCAUCCCCCGGCGCAAUGGAGGCUAAGAACCCGCUUGCGGACGUCGAGCUCACCGAUGAAGAUGCCAUCAAGCUGCAGGGCAUCCAGAAAGACAUCGCGCGCGCCGAUUUGAUUGUCGAGAGGUUGGCUCAGCAGAAGAUGAAGCCCGUAUACGAGAAACGCCGCGCGAUUGCGAAAGGCAUCAAGAAGUUUUGGCCCGUUGCGCUCAUGAACCACCCCAUCCUAGCAAUGCAUGCGCAGCACAAUGCCGACCAGGUCGCGUUGAGCUAUCUUGAGGAUCUGUGGCUGGUGCGGGAUGAAACGGAGAGCCGGACGUUCACUUUGGAAUUCUAUUUCAAGGAGAAUCCGUAUUUCUCCAACUCUGUGCUACGAAAGGAAUUCCGCUACGUGCCGCCCCCCAAUGCCGGGAAAGAAACGCCAGACGCAGACGGCAUCACGCCCACAAUGUUGGACUUCUCAUGGGACCGUGAUGUGCAGCCACAGGCGUGCAAGGUUGAGUGGAAAGACGAGGCCAGGAAUUUGACGAAGCUCCACCCCCGUGUUCUUGACGACGAUGGUGACGACAUCCCCGCUGAGGGCGGCAGUUUCUUCAAUUUCUUCGAAAUGGGCUCUGAUCCGUUUGAGGUCGGCGUCAUCAUUGCCAAUGACAUUUUCCCCGAGGCUGUUGACUACUUCCUGGGCCAGGCGGGCCACGAUGACAUCGACGAGGAUGAGGAUGAAGAUUCUGAGGAUGACGAGAACGAGGAGGAGAUUGACCUGGAGAAGCCGCGCCCGAAGAAGCAGAAGCAGGCGUAAGGCAGGGUUGCUCGCUACCAGACGCGUGCCCCAGUCGCCGGCGGUGAUGCGAGGAUGGGACCGGACAUGCGGUCUGGUGAGGGGUAGCGCACCCUAAAAACGCCGGAAAUGACGCGGAGCGUUGCAUGGCAGCGAGCGCUAUUCGCGGCAAACAGUGUACGGCAGGCUAUCGAUGGCUAUAAAUACACCUCGGCUCUGUUUUGG